AUUUUGACGUAUGAACAUGUGAACAGUUGCCAAAUCGCCUAUGCAACUGUCUAUCGCGAAUAACGUCCAUCGCUACAAUGCCAACGAUAAAAUAAUGUGGAUUAAAUGAUAAUAUAGAGUACUGUACAAUCUUAUCGAAUUUAAGUAAGCCUAAUCUUCGUAGUACCUUCAAUACAACUUCUUCAUUUGCCGUAACUAAAAACCGAAUGUGGGUUAAGUAGCAAAUACAGCAAUGUUUUCGCGAUUCGUGGUGUCGCAAGUUAAGCACAACUCUUACUUCCUGGUGGGUGUGGUGCUUGGGUUAUGGCUAGCGUUAGUAGCAGUGCCAUUAGAAGAGGCUCCUGUUGCUUGUCCGGUCACCGAAGCGCCUAACUCUGAUGAGUUUGAGCCACACAGAGAGGCGCGCCCACUCGGGCCUGCAGGCCCUGCUGCAGGACGCAGCGUGCAACGUCCAAGAUACUACAUCACUGAACUGGGCAUGAGAGGGUCCCUCAUGUCCGGUGUGUUGUCUUCGGAAGAAGCUCUGUCCACCCGCACCGCGGCCCUGAACGCCACAGCGGCGCGGCUGCAGCCCCUGCGCGUGUUCAUCGCCGCAGCGGCCGGCACCGCGCCUCCGCGGCCCAACGUGGUGGCCUUCACCGACACGCGCGAAAUGCUCAAACCGUUCCACGCGCUCAAGUAUCUCGCCGACAACUACCUCGAAGAGUUCGACUUCUUUUUCCUCGUGUCUGACACGUCGUUCGUGAACGCGAGACGUCUCCGCGAUCUGGUCGGGAAGCUGAGCGUCAGUCGGGACGUAUACAUGGGGACGGUGGCCGAAGACGACAGCCAUUACUGUACACUGGAGGGUGGUAUUCUGUUGUCCAACUCCGUGCUGCGCGCGGUGCACGGCGAGCUGGACUGGUGCGUGCGCAACUCGUACUCGGCGCACCACCACGAGAACAUCGGCCGCUGCGUGCUGCACGCGGCCCACAUCCGCUGCCACUCCACGCUGCAGGUUCUAUGAUGAUUUGCCAUGUUUU